UCAUGCACUAUGCAUUGCACUCCCGCGUCAAACCUCACAAGAAUCACACAAUCCUACUUAUUCUCUACUCCAACUACAGCAUUUCCCAAAAAAAAAAAAACACUAUCGUAAUAAUAUCAUCAUAUCUCACACGACAAACACAAAAAUGCUAUCAUACAAUUACACUUUCAAACACUUGGCUCUCUUUCUUUUCUUCUUGAUCACUUCCACCACAGCGGCAGCCGGAGGCGCCAGAAGGCAGCUUCGUUUUGACAUGUCAAACGGCGGUGCACCAUCGACCGGAACCCCCACGGGGACCACUGGCACCGGCCAUGGUGCAAACUGGAACUACAGCUGGGGAUGGGGCUCCGGACCCGGCACUGGGUAUGGGUAUGGGUAUGGUUCGGGUAGGUCUCCGACGGGUUUUGCUAGAGGCUAUGGCUAUGGUUUUGGAUCUGGAUCCGGGUCAGGAUCCGGGUACGGCUAUGGAUCCGGUGGUGGUGGUACUCGGGCUGGUGGUUAUGGGUCUGGAAGUGGUUCGGGAAACUCUGGUGACAGAAAUGGUGGUGAUGACAAUAAUAAUAAGUUACCAUCAUCAUCCAGGGGAAAAUCCAACCAUGGGUAAAUGUAUUAACACGGAGCUAUAUAGCUAGCUAUGUGUGCCUCGUCUUGGUAUUGUGAUAUUAAGUAUUACUAUCUAUAAUUAUAUUAUAUGAAAAAAAAAAAUGAAUGGUGUGUAUGUAUGAUAGAUGUUGCUGGAGCUAGCUAGCCAUAAAGCUUUAAAGUUGCUCUAUGCCUAAUUAAAUGGAAAAUCUUAACAUAGACUACGUAUAAUUUUGCAAUGUUUA